CUCCUCCUGCAGCUCCCCUCAGCGGCCUGUUCCCUCCCGUUGGCGGCUGCUGCGGCUGGAGCGAGCGAGCGAGCGAGCGACGAGCCAGCCAGCCAGCCAGCGAGCGAGCGAGCGAGCGAGCGGCUGAGGGAGGCUGGAGCCGAGGCGGGCAGACCGAGCCGCCGCCGCCGCCGCGUCCUCCUCGGCAGCCCGGGACGCCGCCGCCGCCCGCAGAACCGUGGAAUGCUGUGAAGACUCCACCUGCCCACAGUCAUAGACAGAAUACGUUUGCAGCUAUUUUCAGCUGAAGGAUAUACUUCAUCUGUAAAAGAGUUUUCAGGUCUUCCAUAAUGAAUCCUGUUUACAGCCCCGUUCAACCUGGGGCUCCGUACGGCAACCCUAAGAACAUGGCCUAUACAGGUUAUCCUGCUGGCUACCCCACAGCUGCCCCUACCUACAACCCAAAUAUGUAUCCAACCACCAGCCCUGGCUAUGCCCCAGCUGCACUUCUGCUGAAGCAGGGCUGGCCUCAGACAUCGUCCUCUUGUGCCACUGAGGGUACCUUUCACCUCCCAGUGGACACUGGGACCGAGAGCAGAACUUUCCAAGCUUCAUCAGCAGCAUUCAGGUAUACCACUGGAACGCCCUACAAGGUCCCUCCUACCCAGAGCAACAGCGCUCCGCCCCCCUAUUCUGCAUCUCCAAAUCCUUACCAGACGGCCAUGUACCCCAUCCGAAGUGCCUACCCACAGCAGAACCUGUAUGCCCAGGGAGCCUAUUACACGCAGCCUGUGUAUGCGGCGCAACCUCACGUCAUCCAUCACACCACCGUGGUCCAGCCAAAUAGCAUCCCGCCUGCUAUUUAUCCGGCUCCAGUGGCUGCCCCCAGGACCAACGGAGUGGCCAUGGGGAUGGUAGCCGGGACCACCAUGGCCAUGUCUGCAGGCACACUGCUGACCACACCGCAGCACACCGCCAUCGGAGCGCAUCCCGUCUCCGUGCCGACGUACAGGGCUCAGGGGACCCCGGGCUACAGCUACGUACCUCCGCACUGGUAAUCUCCCUGGCCAAUGCAUAUCUGGGAGUCAGACAUCGUAUGCAACAACUUGAGUCUUACCUGGGUGCUGGAGCGGCUGUCCAAAGGCUCCCGGCCCGCUAGCAAGAACAACAACGAAAAGUGCAAGGGUCACUUUAUGCAUCCUUUAGGGUUUAAUUUUUUUUUAAGACAAACCUUUUUUUAGUUUAUUUUGUAAAAGCUGCUUCCUUGUCAUUGACCCCAGUCUCUGGCCCCCUUCUGUUCUUCUCUUCUCGCCCCACAGAUUGGUUUCAUGCCAUCCACUGAUGCGGAGCAAUAGUGUGCUUUUUUAUGACCCCCCCACCACGCCCCCCCCCCCCCCCCCCCCCCCCGGCCCCGAGCGCAGGCGGCCUUCGCCUCUCGCUUUUCCUCCUUUCAGUGUUGUGAACGGCCCCUGAGGUGGCGCAUUUCGUUCGCCAGGUCCGUUUUGGGUUUGCUGGCAGGAACGGGUGAUGUUCAGGGCUAGAAUAAAAAAGCACAGGGCUGGCCUUCUUCCCACGUCACUUCCAUUGGCAUCUUUCCUCCUCUCUCUGUCUCUCCCACACACAUAUAUAUAUUCCAUAACCUAUGAGAAAAUUGGUGUCUUCCAGAUAGGUGUCUAAAUUCGAUUUGCGGUUCAUUAGCUGCUUGGAAACUUGGAGCUCAUCUCUUUGUUUGUAGGAGUAGAUGGAAGGACCAAGGACCGUAACUCCCCUUGUGUUCUCGGGAUCAGGCUGGCUGCGGAUCGUUCAGGGGUUUGGCUCACGUUCACCACACCGUCAUGAAGUCCCCGAGUCCCCAGCACAACAGGAAGAGGAAAAGCUGAGGGGCAUCGGGCGUCAAAUGACCAGGAACCUGUUCCCUGGCUUUGUAGUCCCUGAGCUGUGCUUCUAAUUCAAGAACGAGGGCGAGGGAGGUGGGGGAGGCCAGGAAGGACUGCCGCGCACACCAGCACUUGCCGAACAAAUGCUGCACCUCAGGGUGCAGCUGUGAGAAGCUUGGAAGCCACUGGUCUGUGGUGACCAGGACUCCGUUUCUUGGCCAGUCCACUCAACCAAAAUGGACUAGAAUAGGAUUUGAAUUCCUGAUUCCCCUCCAGCCAGCUUGUCUUGUUUGGCACGUGCUGAAGCUCCCGUGUGGAGUGGCCCCAAUUUCAGGUUCACCCCACAUUUGCUCUGCACCCGCCCCCAAGGCAGGCUCUCUGCAGGAUUCACAAAAGCCACAUUCCCAGCACAUGAUUUUGGUUCCGUGGAAGGGCCCCAAGAUGCUUCUUUUUAGUACAUCUUCAAGAGAGAUCAGUUGCCGCCCCCCCCCCCGCCCCAGCCACAUCGGUGGAUCGCUUGGCAUCGCUGUUGACGGGAAGGUGCGGGGCCUCUCUGUUGAAUAGUCAGUCCUGAAGCCCUUUUUCCCUUGGUGGAAGGGCGGCUUUGAAAGCUGCUCUCCCUCCUUGAGGAACCCUCACUGUAAGAGGCAGCUGCAGCAUCUCUCAGAUGCCACCCGUCGGGUGACCGCAUGCCUUUCGGGCUCAUGACCUUUUGGGGGGCACCAGGCAGGCCCUGGCAGGUCUUGGGCAAGGAGAAGGGCCUGCGGGGCAGUUUCUAGGUGUCCAGGGCAAGUGCUUAGGGGAGAACCAUCUGAUGGGGCAGCUCCCCGCUUUGCUUCGGUGGUCUGGAAUGCCCCAGACCCUCCCUUGCGAAUCCUAGAUUCACCAGGGCAGGUGUCUCUGCACCCUUUCCAGCACUGGAGAAAUGGCAGGACCAACGGGUGUUUGUCAAGUGAAGGGGGAAACGAGCAGCGAGGAGACUUUCAACUGAGUGCGGCCGAAGGAACGCUCUGUAUUCACAGGGACGACAGCUGCGGCUUUCUAGUAUGCUAGGUAAACGACCACUGCUUGCUCACGGACCCGUUCCCGGCACUGGUCAGGAGGCUGCCUUCCAUCUGCCGGGUGCCUGGUGCCAGGUUGGCGCUGGGCACAUCUGAGCUGCAGGUCGCUGGAAGCGGAGGAGGGCCGGGGUGAAGCUCCGGGCCCUGGCAGGUGUGUUGGGCAGGGCAGUGGCUUAGCAGGAACGGAAGGGUCAGGCUGGGAGUGGGUCGGAGGUGCGGAGCCGUUCUGUGCGGAGAGAAGGCCGCCGGGUCUAGAUGGCAUUCCUUCCGGUCAUCGUGGCAAUUUCACUUCCUGGCCGCAUCUUUCAGAAUGACUCCUGAAAAUGCUUCCAGAGACCAGCACGAGUGUGUGUGCAUGGGAGGCGGAAUCCCUGAGCAAAGGAGUUCUUCUUUUCCCUGUGCCAAAGAGACCAGCAGUGAGUCUCUACCUCCAGGACCAUAAUUGGCUCUUGGCACUCCGUCCUCAAGGCCCCUCUCCAUUAAACAAAAGUGUUAGAAAGACCCUCUGUUGGGAGAGAACCCCCCCCCCCCAGGCCCUGCUCUGGCAAGGGCAGCCAGCCCCCGCAGUGGGGCAGAGACGGCUGACCGAGGGCAGGUGUGCCGUACCUUGUCUGGGACUUCUGUGGCACGUUCCACGUGUCGCCGUGGGCUUUGACGGAGGGCCACCCUGCGGGCAAGGGCAGAGGGGCUGGGAAACGGCACUCGGCGCGCGGUGACGCUUCCUGGUGGCAGGAGGGGGACCCCAUCUGCGCAUCGUGGAGGGCGGGCAGUGGCGUUGACCGAGCCCGGCCGCCGUGGCCUGGCGCUCGGCACAGGCGGGUCCGUGCAAGGCCAGAAACGCUUUGAAGAGCCCAGCCCGCCCCCCAGGGGUGGGGGGUGACUGCCAGCGGGGGCCCUGCCCUGUGUCCUGCUUCCCCACUCCAUCAAGUGCUGCCCGCUACCCUCAGCAGCGCUGCUAGGAAGGGGCUGAGCUGCCGCGGUCCAGCUUUGUGAAGGCAGCUUGAAGUAAUUGGGAUCCAAUGUUUAAUAAUACAAAUAAUCUUUGGAGCUCUGUUUGUAUAUAGCUGUAUAAAGUAUAUACUUUUGAAUUUGACAGGAAAGCAGUUGGGGGAAAAUGGAAGUCGGGAAAGUAAUGUUGGGGGCGGGGCGUUGAAGGGCCAAGGAUUAACGAGUGCAAUUAAGCUGGGGGGGGGGGGCUUUGAGUUGUGGCCAGAGACUGAAAAGAUGGACAUGUGUUUCCGCCUUAGGUGGCUCUCCUUUGGUGCGGUCUUGUUUCUCCUCCAUCAUGUUUGCAUUUCAGGAAAUAAUUAUGGUUCAUUCGCAGAGAUUAACCCCAUUCCCCUCCCCUGUAUGACUGGACAAAGAACAUGGUGGCGUUUCCACCCGCUUUGCGAUGCUUCAUCGCCAGGCCUUCACAGCCACUGGUGCAGGUUAUCGCUGCGGCCAAGCGCCCCGAUAGCCUCCUUUCCGGGCACGAGCUGUAAGGCGAGGCUCGGAAGAGCCAGGCAGUCAGAGAAGGCCUGUGAAACCUUUGCACCGGCCCAUGUGCGCUCGAGAGGCGCCUCCCAGCCGCGGCUCCAGCAGCACGGAACUGCCUGCAUGAGUAAUUGCUCCUGUAUUUUAUGAACCAUAACCUAGUCAAAACUAUUAUUGUUGUUAUUAUUAUUAUAAUUAUUAUUAUUUUGCUGUUCAGAUCUGUAAUUUAAAAGGCGCUUUUUACCAUAAGUGUUAUUUAAAGUUUUGUUUAAAUGAUGGAUGUCUAUUAUUCUUCACGAGAGGAAGUUUAGGGUUGUACAGGUCGGAAGCGUCUUCAAGAGACAGGAGCACUUCGGGACACGAGUCCGUGGGCUUUUGUUCACGAGCAAAAGCGUGCCAGAUCCCCCUACCCCCGCCGCCGCCGCAUCCUAACCCAAUCCUAAGACUCGUUUAAACCAGUGCUUAAGUGGACCAUGACGCAUUCACUUCCCCGAGAGGGUAAUGCCUAGAGACAGAUCGAAGACCUCUAUUCAUGCUGAUUGCAAUGAGCUCCUUUAAUGGGCCCCUCCGCAGGGAGAGCUCUCUGGAGGUCACCGCCUGUUCAAGGCGUUGUAGACCUAGGGGUCUGCUGGGGUCUCUCCUGGUCCCACCCUUUGGGCCUCCACCCACCAAGCAGGAUCGGUGUACUAUUUUGAACGAGGCCAGCUUCAGCCCGUGGCCCUUAGCCCAGCAACCUUCGGGGUCAGCUGUAAAAAUGCGGACUAGAUUUCCGGCCCUGUCAUGCACACAUUUUCCCCGCAGGGAAAGCUUGCACCCUGGGUGGCGAUGCGAUGUGAUGCGAUGCUCGCUCCUUGGAGGAAAGACCCCUCCGUUCCCUGCAGCAGCGGAGCGUCAGCGAUGUCCUUCUGCGGGGGCACACGGACCGGAAAGGCACCUUGGCUAAGUCUGUGUCUGGCUCGCGGCCGCGUGUCGUGUCCGCAGGGGUCUCCUGCUGGUCGCUGCUCCAGAUGGCGCUCUGCCUACUUAUGGGGAAGUGCUGACUGACCGAGGGGGCGCAGGAGUCGCCCCGGUGAGCAGCCGAGCCACCUCUCUAAGCCACCCCCCAUCUCAGUUACCACUUCGGCGAUAUCCCCAUCUUUGUUAGUGCUGUGAUCACAUUUGUUCCGGUGAAGUUGGAUCUCUGCACUUUUUACUGUGUGUGCUUUCUCUCUCUCUCGCUCUCGCUCUCUCUCUCUCUCUUUCUCACACAACACACAUCUUAACCUACACAAUACCUUUCCAAGAGAAAAAUAUGAAACAAAUAACACCAGCUUUAAAGUAGCAAUAAUGCAAUUACUGUUUUAAGACGUCCUGAGCUUCCCCCAACAUAGGCCCCGACAGAGAGGAUGGCGGGGUGGGGGAGAGGCUGGGUCCAGGCGUUCCUUCUUGUCCUCUGCUCUCCAAAGCGUUGCGGGUUCCCUCUUUGUGCCAUGGCAAAUUUGAUGCUGAUGUUCCUUC